UCCUGCGGCAGCCGCGCAGUUGCCGCCAUGGCGCCGUGCGGGGCGGUCUGCUCUCUCCUCCUCCUGCCGCUCCUCGUCCUGCCGCCGGCGAGCGCGGGCUUGAGCGGCUACUUCGGCACCAAGUCCCGCUACGAGGAGGUGAACCCGCACCUGGUGCGCGACCCGCUGUCGUUGGGUCCCGGCGCGGGCGAGUCGCCGCCCGCCACCUGCGCCCCGCUGCAGCUCCGCGCCGUGCUCCGCCACGGCACCCGCUACCCCACGGCCGGGCAGGUCCGCCGGCUGGGCGAGCUGCACGCCCGGCUGCUCCGCCGGCCCGCGGAGCCCACAGCCUGCCCCGCCGCCGCCGCCCUGGCCGCCUGGCCCAUGUGGUACGAGGAGAGCCUGGACGGGCGGCUGGCGCCGCAGGGCCGGCGGGACAUGGAGCAGCUGGCCCGCCGCCUGGCCGCCCGCUUCCCCGCGCUGUUCGCCGCCCGCCGCCGCCUGGCGCUGGCCAGCAGCUCCAAGCACCGCUGCCUGCAGAGCGGGGCCGCCUUUCGCCGCGGGCUCGGGCCCGACCUCAGUCUCGGCGGCGACGAGGUGGAGGUCCAAGUGAACGAUUCCUUAAUGCGGUUUUUUGAUCACUGCGCCAAGUUUGUAGCCCUGGUGGAGGAGAACGACGCGGCCAUGUGCCAGGUGAGCGCCUUCAAAGAAGGGCCCGAGAUGAAGAAGGUCUUGGAGAAGGUGGCGAGUGCCUUGUGUUUGCCAGUGGAGGAGUUAAAUGCAGAUCUUGUUCAAGUGGCUUUUCUCACCUGCUCUUACGAGUUGGCUAUAAAAAAUGUGACCUCCCCAUGGUGUUCACUCUUCACUGAAGAAGAUGCCAAGGUCCUGGAAUACCUGAAUGACUUGAAGCAGUACUGGAAGAGAGGAUAUGGCUAUGACAUCAACAGUCGCUCCAGCUGCAUUUUAUUCCAAGAUAUCUUCCAGCAUUUGGACAAAGCGGUGGAAGAGAGCAAAAGUUCAAAACCCAUUUCUUCACCUCUGAUUGUCCAAGUUGGGCAUGCAGAGACACUGCAGCCCCUGCUUGCCCUGAUGGGUUUCUUCAAAGACGAGGAGCCUCUCCUGGCCAGCAAUUUCGCCAGGCAAGUGCACCGCAAGUUCCGCAGCGGCCGGAUCGUGCCUUACGCGGCCAACCUGGUGUUCGUGCUCUACCACUGCGACCACGUGAACGCCUCCAGGGAGGAGUACCAGGUGCAGAUGCUGCUGAAUGAGAGACCCUUGUCCUUCCAUCACUCCAACGAGACCAUCUCCACGUACGCUGACCUGAAGGACUACUACAGGGACCUGCUGGAGAACUGCCACUUCAAGGAGGAGUGUGAGCUGCCCAAAGUGAACGUCACUGCUGUGGACGAGCUGUGAGGCCGCUCCGCGUGUCGAUCUCGGUUUGGUUCGACAGGCCUUGUAAAUGAGCACUUUGGAUGAUUUGCUGCUGCUGUGUUGACUUCCUAGACUUGCAGAUUUGGUGGGUUGUCCCAGCUCAGUGUGCUGGUUCUCUGUUGCCUAAGCAGAACUACAAAAACAAACGCUGUAACAGGGAAGUUGCCGAGCAUUUGUAACAAAUCUGUGAUGCAAGACGGGUCCCCGUGUGUUGAUGUGUAGAAAUAAGCUAAGUUCAUUGGUCAGUCCCUCUGUGAAUGUGCCACAGAUGGAUUUAAGAGCUGGGGCAGCUUCUCUUUUAUCAGAGCUGCAGGUGGUUGGACUGAUUCAGUAUUGCUUUGCACUGCCUUUGUUGCUUGCUGCUGUGUCUUCCUGUGCCAGGCAUGAAAUACUUCAAACCUGUGAGCUUUCUUUAUUCUUUCUCCUGAGCUUGUAGAAGGGAAAGAGUGCACAGUCUUUCUUCACAGCUGCACAACUUCUGCCUGGACAGCACCAUCUCUUUUUUGGGCAUUUUAAAGCAGGAGGAUUUGCAAUGUUCCUGCAUGCAUUACCUGCCUGAAAAGGGGUGAGGAGGCAGAAAUCUUAAAGUCCUCACUGACCCAUCCCCCGUACCAACUUAGCCUCUGGGGUAAGUAAAUCAUCUUUAAAAAGGAGUAAAAAAUAAACAGAAAGGAGUGAGGGAAUGGGAAGUAGCCACUCUUUAAGUUGCUCUGGGAGGUGCAGCAGUUGCUCUCUAAAAUUAUCUGGGGGUGUCCUUUCCCUGUCACCCUCCAUUUCUGGUGUUGAAGGUUUGGGCAGGGACAUUUAGGGUGAGCUCUGCUCUGACUCUGAACAGCUUGGUCCUGUCUAGGUGCUGGCAGUUUUCCCAGCAGCUCUGGUUGGAAGGGAUCUCUGGAUGUCUCCAGCCUCCUGCUGGAAAAAAAGUCCUCCUGGGAUUGUUGCUAGCCCUAAAUCUAGGUGGAUUUUGGACUGUGUAAAGAUCUGCUGACUUCUGAUUGACUUCUGCUGCCUUUAAGCCACCACCUUUGGUUCCACUUACAUAGGCCUUCCAUGUUUGAUGUGCCACCUUGGUUUUGAAGUGCAGCUGGUUUUAAAGAGAUGAAUUGCACAGAAGGACUGGUGAUCUUUCAAAGCAGCUGCCCUUAAAGUAGGUUCACUUAGGACUGAAAGCUGGCAAGUAUUUCAGAGCUCUGCAGCGUGGCAGAGGGAGGGCAAACCAAAGAGAUGUGUCCGAAAGGCAGGGAGUCAGAUAAAAUUCCUUCAUCACCUGGAAGGGGACGGCUGUGUGAGCAAGUUGCCCUGAAGCAAAUGAAGGUUUGGAUUUAUGGUGCUGGUAAAUCCUGAAGUGUGUUCACUCAGCCCACAGCUGAGUGUUCCAGAGCUCAGCCCCUAAAGUGAGGUGUGUUCUGCUGUGUUGCCUGGGGAGGAGGUGAAAGGUUGGAAUAAGUGAUUACCACAGCAUAUCAGGAGCACUGUAGGUUUAUACCCUUCAUUCGCUGAGGACUGAGUUCCUCUUGUAGGCUCACCUGCGGAACUGGGAACUCAACUGCUGCAGAAACGAAAUCAGAGAAGAGAAACCCCAACCGCCUCGAAGCUGAGGAGUUAAACUUCGCGUGUGAUUUAUUUUUUUAAUCUUUCUUGAGGACUUACUUAGGCUUCUGUCACUUCUUUUUAAUAUGGCUUGGGGAAAAGCCCUUUAGAUUGACAUACCUGUGAGUUAAGGAGCCAUUGAACACCUGGUUUUUAUUGUUGUUCUUGGAGUUAAGGGUUUUCCUCCCCCUGUUUUGUUGGUUCACCAGUAGAGGUUACUGAAUAUACUGGCUAAAUCUGGUGGGUAUUCCAGCAUGAACAUCCCAGUGAAACACUUGGCCUGUGUUGGCUCUUGCAGCUCCCUCUGAAAGUGGUGGAAGGGCUGGGGAGGAGUUCAGUGCUGCAGCCAGCGUAGGGAUGUAGGUCAGGAUGAUUGUCAGGCCCCGCAUCUCGCUUUACUGCACUAUAAGCUCUGCAUGUCUCCUUUUUCACAUGAUCCCACCUUGAGACCAAAUCAUCUGAUGGUAAUUGCUGUGACUGAUGCCAGUUAGGGACUCGGUUGCAACGCUGGUAGCGAGCUUACAAAGAAAUGAACCUUUGUUUCAAGGCAGUUGAGUUUGGAAACAGCAGAUACCCGGAGUGAGAAAAUCCACCUCUGAACAAAUAUUUUUUUUCUGUGAGUCAGUCACCCCGUGAUGAUUCAUGGACAGAAGGGAUGAAAGCCUGACUAUGGGAGAUGAAUGGAGGAUUCUGUUGUCAGUUCAGCAAGACUGAUUUUAAGGCAUCACGUUUGUUAAAAGGCACAUCCUUCUUCCUUGUGGGGGGAGGAGCGCGUUGCACCUGAUGGCUUUUCUGACCGUGUGCCAGGUGAGGUGGAGGGACCAAAAAAAAUCCCUUCUGCAGCGGGGUAUCGUGUGCUUCUGCACAGGAUGGUUCCUCAGGGGUUAUUCCCUGUUUUACCUUGGAGUGCAGAUCCAUCACACCUCCAGCCAAGCAGAUCUGGCUUCAGCCGUGUCAGCAGUUAACUGGAAAGGGGAAUGUGCUGCUCUGGGUUUAGAGGAUGCUCUGACUCACCCCUUCGGCACAAUUAGAGGCUCGGUGUGGAAACUUUGCACCAUUGGAAGUGUUGGGAAAUGUAAACACUCUGGGCACUUAAAUUGACUCUUACCACCGGGCAGGUGACUUCUUCGCUCUGACCCUUUCAUCUGCUCGACACAGACACUUGUUCAGAUAGUGAAAUGGAUUAAAAUAUUCCUAUCCAGUGUGAGCAGGGCUUGAAGAGGCUGCCACAUCUCCUGGCACUGCACAUUCCCACAUCCUGCAAG